GGCAGUUACAGAAUUGGAGGAAGCUGCUCCAGUACAACUUUGGAGGGGAGGAGGAGCAGGGCCUGAAAACAUCUUUCCAAGGACUUAGGAGUACGUCCAGUCGCCGCGAGGCUUCCCGCGCACUCAGCCCCCCGCCGGAGUUGGCGUGGCGGGGCGCCCCUAGCGUGACUCCGCCCAGGGCGCUCGGUUCCACUAACUGGAAACUACAGUUCCCAGAAGGCCGCGCGAGCCCGGGCGGGACGCGGCGGAGGUGUAGGCAAGAAAGGCGCGAGUGGAGGCGGCGGUGGGUGUCCACUCGGUGGUCGGUCUGGCAGCAGCCAGGCCCCCGGACGCAGGACGUGGACCAGGCAGCCCUCGCAGCUCAGUGCUCUGGCCAGGGCAAGCCAGUGCCUCUGCCCGCUGGACAGGCCCAGGCGAAAUGUAGGGCGCUGGGCGCGGAGGCCGCCGGUGCGGCGGGGGGAUCGCAGAGGGCGCACCGAGGAUGGAGAGAGCGAUGGAACAACUCAACCGUCUCACGCGCUCGCUGCGCCGCGCGCGCACUGUGGAGUUGCCCGAGGAUAAUGAAACUGCUGUUUAUACAUUAAUGCCAAUGGUUAUGGCUGAUCAACACAGGUCUGUUUCUGAACUACUAUCAAAUUCAAAAUUUGAUGUCAAUUAUGCAUUUGGACGUGUGAAAAGAAGCUUGCUUCACAUUGCAGCAAAUUGUGGAUCAGUGGAAUGCUUGGUUUUGCUGUUAAAGAAAGGAGCAAAUCCUAACUAUCAAGAUAUUUCAGGCUGUACACCCCUUCAUUUGGCAGCAAGAAAUGGGCAGAAGAAAUGUAUGAGUAAAUUAUUAGAAUAUAGCGCUGAUGUCAACAUUUGUAAUAACGAAGGCCUUACAGCAAUACACUGGCUGGCUGUGAAUGGGCGGACAGAACUACUCCAUGACCUUGUGCAGCAUGUCAGUGAUGUUGAUGUUGAGGAUGCCAUGGGGCAGACAGCACUACAUGUUGCCUGCCAGAACGGUCACAAGACGACAGUGCAAUGCUUGCUAGACAGUGGUGCUGAUAUUAACAGGCCAAAUGUAUCAGGAGCCACUCCAUUGUACUUUGCUUGCAGUCAUGGUCAGAGAGAUACAGCACAGAUUCUGUUGUUACGAGGAGCCAAAUAUCUGCCAGAUAAAAAUGGAGUAACUCCUCUGGAUUUAUGUGUACAGGGUGGAUAUGGAGAGACUUGUGAAGUAUUAAUUCAAUAUCACCCUAGGCUUUUUCAGACUAUUAUUCAAAUGACACAAAAUGAAGACCUCCGAGAAAACAUGUUACGGCAAGUUCUGGAGCAUUUGUCUCAGCAAAGUGAAAGCCAGUACCUAAAGAUUCUAACAAGCCUUGCUGAAGUUGCUACAACAAAUGGUCAUAAACUGCUUAGCCUAUCUAGCAAUUAUGAUGCUCAAAUGAAGAGCCUUUUAAGAAUUGUGAGAAUAUUUUGUCACGUCUUUCGAAUUGGUCCAUCCUCCCCCAGUAAUGGAAUUGAUAUGGGCUACAAUGGGAAUAAAACUCCAAGAAGCCAGGUGUUCAAGCCGCUGGAAUUGCUUUGGCACUCAUUAGAUGAAUGGCUAGUUUUAAUAGCUACAGAAUUGAUGAAAAACAAAAGAGACUCAACAGAGAUCACUUCUAUUUUACUGAAACAAAAAGGCCAAGAUCAAGAUGCUGCUUCUAUUCCUCCAUUUGAACCUCCAGGACCUGGGAGCUAUGAAAAUCUGUCCACUGGCACAAGGGAAUCUAAACCAGAUGCUCUUGCAGGGAAACAGGAAGCCAGUGCAGAUUGUCAGGAUGUUAUUUCUAUGACAGCUAACCGGCUAAGUGCUGUCAUUCAAGCUUUUUACAUGUGCUGUUCUUGUCAGAUGCCUCCAGGAAUGACUUCACCUCGUUUCAUUGAAUUUGUCUGCAAACAUGAUGAAGUUUUAAAAUGCUUUGUUAAUAGAAAUCCCAAAAUUAUAUUUGACCACUUUCACUUUCUCCUUGAAUGUCCUGAGUUGAUGUCAAGAUUCAUGCAUAUCAUAAAAGCACAGCCUUUUAAAGAUCGCUGUGAAUGGUUUUACGAACAUUUGCAUUCAGGCCAACCAGAUUCAGACAUGGUGCACAGGCCAGUGAAUGAAAAUGAUAUUCUGCUGGUUCAUAGAGAUUCUAUUUUUAGGAGUAGCUGUGAAGUUGUGUCAAAAGCAAACUGUGCAAAGCUAAAACAAGGGAUUGCUGUACGGUUCCAUGGAGAAGAAGGCAUGGGUCAAGGUGUUGUGCGUGAGUGGUUUGAUAUUCUGUCCAAUGAGAUAGUCAAUCCUGAUUAUGCAUUGUUUACCCAGUCAGCUGAUGGAACAACUUUUCAGCCUAAUAGCAACUCUUAUGUAAAUCCUGAUCACUUGAACUAUUUUCGUUUUGCUGGGCAGAUCUUGGGAUUAGCUUUGAACCACAGGCAGCUGGUCAAUAUUUACUUCACACGAUCCUUCUACAAGCACAUUCUUGGUAUUCCUGUAAAUUACCAAGAUGUGGCAUCCAUUGAUCCAGAAUAUGCCAAAAAUUUGCAGUGGAUUUUAGAUAAUGAUAUAAGUGAUCUGGGUCUAGAACUAACUUUUUCUGUUGAGACUGAUGUGUUUGGAGCAAUGGAAGAGGUGCCUUUGAAACCUGGAGGUGGGAGUAUUCUUGUGACACAGAAUAACAAAGCGGAGUACGUCCAGCUUGUUACUGAACUUCGAAUGACAAGAGCCAUUCAGCCUCAGAUCAAUGCUUUUUUACAGGGCUUUCAUAUGUUCAUUCCACCUUCCCUCAUACAGCUUUUUGAUGAAUAUGAAUUGGAGCUACUACUUUCUGGUAUGCCAGAAAUUGAUGUGAGUGAUUGGAUAAAAAAUACAGAAUACACAAGUGGCUAUGAAAGAGAAGAUCCAGUUAUUCAGUGGUUCUGGGAAGUUGUGGAAGACAUUACUCAAGAGGAGAGAGUUCUUCUCUUGCAGUUUGUUACUGGCAGAAGAAGGGUAUUGAUAUCAGUAGAGAAUGAGAGAACUUACUCCUUUAUCAGCACAGGUUCCAGGGUCCCACAUGGAGGGUUUGCUAAUAUCAUGGGUGGAAGUGGAUUACAGAACUUUACAAUUGCUGCUGUACCAUAUACUCCAAAUCUUUUACCAACUUCAAGCACAUGCAUCAACAUGCUCAAGUUACCUGAAUACCCAAGUAAAGAAAUACUCAAGGACAGACUUCUUGUGGCACUACAUUGUGGCAGCUAUGGUUAUACAAUGGCAUAAUGAAAUCUGGAAAACUCAUCUGACUGCUGAUGCACAAUUCAGAAUGGCAGAAGUAAUUUGGGAAAAUGUGAUGGAAAAGCAGCCUAAAUGCAACCCAUAGGCAGGGCUGAUGCUUCAGAUUUAUAAAGGAUCAUUAGGUUUUCUGUUUCUCUCUCUCUCUUCCCUUUUAUGUUUUCUCUGUUUGUGAUACAAUUAGAAAAUACACAAUCAGAGUAGACUUUAUUUUUUAUAAUGCUAAUUGAAAGUAGUAGAGACUCUUCUUUUUCAUAAUUAAUUUUAUCCAAGAUUGUAUUAAGGCAAAAUCUUAUUCUGCAUUCUACUUCUGCUCUGUAACUGUCUUGUUAAAAGGGUGUUUUCUCCUAAUUUUCUGAUAGAUGAGUUCAUCCAGCUGGUAUGUUCUUUUGCAUGUAAAGUGCCAUUUAUAUUUUAGAAAGCUAUUGUAUAGAAUGGAUUAAUUUAGAUUGUGUAUAAAGCCACAAAUAUGUAUUUUCCCACAGUGUAUUCUAUAUUACAAUGAUUUUUUUAGCAUUUUAAUAUUUUAAUAUAUAUUGUAAAAUUUAGACUGAUGUACUAGCAGCUGAUGAAAUGACAUCUAAUUUAUAUAUUAAAGCUUACAGCAUAUUGUAUGAAUUAUUUGCAUCUUUCAGUGGCCAGUUUUCCAUAUAUAUAUAUAUAUUUGGGUCUCAAUGUUUUCCUUAUGCCUCAUUUUAAUUUAUAAUGAAGGUAAAAUUAAAAUGUAUUUUGCCACAUUUAUUUUCAUUACUUUUAUCUGUGAGCUCUGACACAUCUGGAGAAGUAAUAUGAUGUGCAGAUUACAAUUUAAAUGUUAAUUUUUUUUACUUCUUAAAUUUGCUUUUGUCAUUAAAAUGUCAAGUUCAAGUGAUAUGUGCCUAAUACUGAGUUUUGGAUUUUUUAAUUUUUGGGUGGUUUAAUCAGUUUACUUUUGAAAAGACGUACUUGAAUAGUUACAGCGUAUGUUUGAACAGGAAGUAGGAACAUGCACACAUGAAGAAAUGCCAUCGAAAGGAUUUGUAAUGUUUAGCAUCUUCCCUUGUAAACUAAAAAUAGAUUAUUCAAUGACAUUAUUGUUUGUAGAAUGACAUACACAGAUUUUCUCAUGAGCAGUCAUUAUGUUUGUCAGUAAUGUUUGAGAGAUAUGUAAGUUGAAAGUUUUGCUAAAUUAUAAAGCUUCUUUAAUACAUUGGUUUUAGUUA